AUGAACGCCGGGGUGGACAGUUCGGCCUCGCUGUCCGUGGCUCAGCUGGCCGGAAGGUUCAGGGAGCAAGCGGCGGCCGCCUCCGUCAAGGAGACCGACGAGAAGAAAACCACCUUGCUCCCUCCCCCUGUUUCCUCCCAAAGUGGAGAUCGGCCAAAAUGGCGAGGAGAAACCGUCAGCCAACGCCUGCCACCCCCAAAGGUCAAGGUGAAAGCUCUCCCUAUGAUUGAAAAGCUGCAGGCCAAUCUAGCCUUUGCUCCCACAGCUCUCCUGCCAGGAGCCUCCCCCAAGAGCCCUGGGCUGAAGGCCAUCGUGUCCCCGUUUAGCAGCCCCCCGUCGACUCCCAGCAGCCCGGGCGGGCGGUCUCGAGCCGGCGAGGCAGAAGAGGUGCCCGUCAGCUUCGACCAACCCCCCGAGGGCAGCCACCUCCCGUCUUACAACAAGGUGCGGACGCGGGGGUCCAUCAAGCGGCGGCCCCCCUCCCGGAGGUUCCGGAAGUCCCAGUCCGACCUGGGGGACCUUGGCGAUCUGGGGGUGGUCAAGCCCUCUCAGGAGAACGGAGCCAAGGAGGAGAGCGAAGAGGUGUCCGCCGCCAAGGAUAAAGCCCAAGGGUCGCCCACGCCCGGAGACGACGGGGUGACGGACGGAGAGCCGACGGGGACGAAGGGGUCGGGCGGAGAACCGCUCUCGAGGAGGCGGUCCGGCAGGGCAGAGGACCGGGAGGAGAAGGCCUCGGCCCCGCCGGGGCCACUGCCCGCCGGCCAGGAUAACAAGGGAAAGGAGGAGGAGGAGCGGCAGCCGAAGAAGGCACAGCGCGACCAAGCCGCGGAGGAAGGAGACGGUUCCCGCCAGGCCUCCACGUUGGAGCGGGAGAAGCCGUCGAGCUCUAGAGGGGACGGGGAGGCGGAGGAGGCCCGGAGCCCCUCCGGAGAGAGAGAGCGGAGCCCCAGGCCCGACGGCCUAGGGGACGAGGAGGGGGUGCCGGAGGGGAGACCCCUGGCCGGGGAGGAAGAGGGAAAGAGUCAGGGAAACCGCUCGGGGGCUGAGGAGGUGGACGGGGAGAAAGAGCCGGAAGGAGAGAAAGAGGCCGAGGCAGAGCAUGGGGGCCCGGAGGGACCCGGCAACCAAGGAGCCAAGCCGAAGCGAAACGCUCAGUCCGGACCUGACCCUUCCGACCCGGCAACAGGUUCGGAUUGCGCCGAGGGGCCGGAGGAGGAGAGAUCGGAUCCGAGCCACCGCAGUACAGAGGGUGACUCCACAGUGAAGGAGGCUCAGAUGUGAAGAAGACCUCUUCUGUAUACUUGAAGCUGCUGGAGAUAUCUCCCGAGGCAGGAGGAACAGCAGCAGCCGCAGAAUCUCAGUCAUGCCAAAGGUCUAGCAAGCAGCCUCGAUUUCCCCCAGGGCUCAUUAUCCUCUCGCUGCCUCCCAUCUGUAAUGUUCUGGGGCUGAUCACUCAGGAAAGACCGGGAAGGAAAGGUUUUUUGACUCAGCGGGGCCGGAGGCGGGAGCAGGUGGACGAAGCGACAGGCAGGUCCAAGCUGGACUCCUUAAAUGAGAGCACAGGACCUUUUUUUUAUCCUAUUUGGUAAAUGCUUACCGUACGUCAGACACCACGCUAAGCACCGAGGUAGAUUCAAGAUAAUCGG